CCGGUCAGCCUCCCAUCUGAGAACCUGUCUUCCGUGGUGCAGCCUGGUGCCUCGGCGCCCACAAUUCAGCCUGAUGCUUCUACCCAGCCUGAGGCCUCUACCCAGCCUGAGGCCUCUACCCAGCCUGAGGCCUCCAUUCAGCCUGAUCCUGAUGAACUGAUCCAGCCUGAUGAUUCCAUUAGGCCAGUUGACUCGAUGCCCGCUGUCGAUCCAGACGAUCCGGUACCUGAUGACCCAGUGCCCGCUGUCAUGCCUGGUGACCCGAUGCCCGCUGUCGAGCCAGACGAUCCAAUGCCUGGUGACUCAGAGCCCACUGUCGUGCCUGGUGACUCGGUGCCCACUGCCUUGCCAGAUGACGCGGUGCCCGUUGUCGAGCCAAAUGACCUGAUGCCUGGUGACCCGAUGCCUGUUGUCAUGCCUGAUGACCCGUGCCCCGCCGCUCCGCCUGGGGGCCCGGUGCCU